AUGGUUAUAGGCUUGCCGAAAUCCUAUGCAUAUCCCUGUCUGACCAUUCCUCGGUCGCGCAACUUGGUCCGCUUGCUCCCUGGGGACAGUUGGACUUUCCAAGAUGCUUCAACUUUAUGGAAUACCAUACCAAGCGAGCUUGCACUGUUUGUCCUUCUUAACUUCUUCGUCAGCGCGCUCGCCAUGACAGCAGUCUUGGUGGCGGCCCUGUUCUUGGGCCGCCUCUCUGCAACCGAAUUUCAACGGCUUUCACACCGCUUAAUCAAGUAUGCAGUCUUCAAAAUGGUGUUCCUUGGGUCCAUAAUCAGUCCCGACCCACGGGACUUUGCAGUAUGGCUAGCCUGGUUUGCAGUUGUUGGGUAUCUGCGCGUGUUCCUGGGCGCGGCCAAGGACCGACUGGAGUCCCUCAUGUCCUCUCCCGGUGCACAACUGGGCCGCCACGCCCGCGGAGUGUGUCUGCUGCUGCUAGUGCUGCUGUGCAACGGAUUGGCGUUUGCAAUGGUGAUGAAGUUGUUGGCCGGUCAGUCCUUGGCUCGCCUGCUGCUGUGCGCCUUCGACUCGGCGGUUGUCACCAUCGAGGGGCUCAAGACGUUGCUCAGAUACGUCGUCAAUAUGGUGGACCGGUACCAGAGCAUGUCAGGAUUUAACGCCGCCGCCGCCGCUGCGGCAGUGGCUGGGGCUGGGGCAGCCCCUCCCGCCGCCGUCGGCGACAACGACGAGGACUUGCCGACUGCUGCCGCCGCCGCCGCUGUAAUGAACACAGCAGGCGGCGGGGGUGGCUGGGACUUGGGUUGGCCUGGCAAGGGCAAUUUCCUUUAUCACGCCGAGCUGGUGGCGGAUGUGUUGGUACAUGCGGUGACCCUGGCGCACUACCUGCACGUCUGGGUGAUGCACGGCCUCAGCUUCCAUUUUAUUGACGCCAUGCUAUUCUUGGACAUGCGUACCGUACUGCUAUCGCUGCUGCGGCGGCUCCGAAGCCACCUGUCGUAUCGCGCAGCGACGCAGCGCCUCAACACCACUUUCCGCGACGUACACCCCUCCGCUCUGGUGGCAGCCGGAGGCGGCGCCACCAUCGACUGCACUAUCUGCAUGGAUGAGAUCGUACACGUGGCGAAGCAGCUGCCGUGCGGGCACGUGUUCCAUUUGUCCUGCUUGAGGGCCUGGUUACAACAAAGUGGCUCAGAAUCGUUCACCUGCCCGAAUUGCCGAAAACCCAUUCUCGUGGGAGAGCCUGGCGGCGGCGGCGGCGGCGGUCGGUCUGACGGCGGCGGCGGUCAGCGGCGGCAGUGGGAGUCGGAUUGGUGGAUUGUACGAAUGUGGGACCGGCUGUACUUGCGGUUGGUGGUUGCGCUGGAGCCUCUGCUGCUGACACUACUAAUUAGCAGCAGCAGCAGCAGCAGGCCGCCACUGCACCUCGUCGAUAUCGCUCUUGCGGACUUGCGUGUUAUUCUCAACAUGGCUAUUCUGUUGCAUCGUUUGCUGCUGACGUUCUCCUGCUGUAGCAUCACAUUAUGGCUCGGUGGCCGUACACAAGCCCGCCGGAGGUCCGCCAGGCCGCCUUCUUCGCCGCGGGAGGGCUUUGGUGAAUCGCCUUGGCCAGCGGCAGCGGCGGCGGCGGCGGCGGGCCCAAGUCGCGGCCGCCGCCAAGGCCGCCGCCGCCGGUCGGCCCUGACCCCCGCAGAGGACUCGUCCUUGGAGUAUUUGGAUCUGGGGGAUGACGUGGCGGCCGCUGCACACGAUUUGUACGACGAUUUGUACGACGACGGGGAUGAUGAAGUGGUGGAGGCGGAGGAGGGCGAUGACGUAGAUGAAGCGGAUAACGGGAACGAUGGGGGUGAUGGUGGGGAUGGGGCUAAUUACGGUGGAGAGGAGGAUGCGCGGGAGCGAGAAGGGGGUCUGCAACGCGGGGCGAACGGCGAGGACAGGGACUCGGACGCAGCUGGGUGGCGAGGAGGCUGUUGUGGAGCUGCUGGGGACAUGUGUGCAGCUGUUGGAGCAGGACCACUAGCCGCCGCCAGCGGCCCGUCGCGGGAGCUGCCGGCGGCGAUGUGGGCGGCCGUGAGGAGCAUCAUCAUCAUCGUCACGGGGGAGGCCAGCAAGGUGGCCAACAGCGUCGCCGGCCUGGUGGCGGAGACAGGACCUGGCGGGGUGGGCUUGCUGGCGGAGCUGGGCCAUCACGUGCAGGCGCCCCCGUGCGACGACGGCGUGAUGGCUGCGGCGGUUGCACGGCAGCUUGGUCGUACGAUCUCGGCGUCACUGCGGUCGACUUUCACGGCGGCUGGCAGUGAAAUUCCCAGGUGGCCCCUUGUGGUGGUGGUGAUGGUGGCGGUGGUGAUGGCGCCUGCGCGGGUGCUGUGGCCUGGGCUGAUAGCUCCAAUGGUGAGGAGGGCAGUGAGGCCGCCGGGGGGAGCUGCCCCUUACCCGCGGAGAGGAGCUGCCGGCGCCAGUGGCGACUCAGGACGCAGCGGCAGCCGCCAGGCUGGUGGGACACCAGUGCAGGUCGCCGCACUUCAAGAACGUCUUUUGGUCAGUUCUACGUCUGGUACACUCUUGCCCUGGCAGCACCUUCACUCGUUCGUGGUUCGCCUUUCCCACCCCAUGCAUAUCCGUAGUAAUAACGACCGAUUGAAGAGAAUUGAUGUGCAUACAAACAAAAAUGGUUGUGAUGCUACUUCGUUCGAAGUCAUCAUCAACCAGCUAGACAACGAGGACGCUAACGAGCUUGGCACCCUCACCCACCCAGCACUCCUGCGAGCAGUGAGAUCGUGA